AUGGAGUCCCGUUGGUUCAACCCAAUGAGCCGCCCUGCUAUGGCCAACUUGUAUAACGCUGACGACAGGUCGGACAAGGACUUGAUGAACACAUGGUCGCUACGACCACAGGAACGUCAGAAACUAGCGGCACGGAAGCGGCACAGGGACUGUCACAUAACGUGCUUCACUGGGAUCGUCAUUUUUCAGCUUUUCAUAGCUGCAGGCGUAGCUUUUCUUGGUACCGCAGGGAUUUGUGGCUCGCAGCCUUGUAGGAACGGCGGGGAAUGUUUUGAAGGAAACGAUGAUUUUAUCUGCAACUGUGGAGAGGCUUGGACUGGAAAAACAUGUGAGACAGAUAUUGACGAGUGCAAAGCGUCUCCUUGCGGGGAACAGGGGACCUGCAGCAACACCGAUGGAGGCUUCACUUGUGCCUGUAACGAGGGAUAUGAUGACAACGACGGCUGCAAAGAUAUCGACGAGUGUCUCGUGGGGACCCCUUGCGGUGAGAACGCUGACUGCAGCAACACAGUUGGCAGCUACGUGUGCGCAUGCGCCUCCGGAUGGGUGAGCGACGGUUCGACAAACUGUGUCGAUGUGGAUGAAUGUUUGGGACAACCCUGUGCUCCUGGUGCACAGUGCGAAAACACAGAAGGAAGCUUUCAGUGCAAGUGCGGGAGUAACAUCAUUUUACCAACUGAAAGUUGUGUGGGUGACAGUAUCGUCAACGGUGAUUGGUCGGCGGGAGCUGCAGGUGAUGUCAUCGCCCAUGACUGUGACCAACCAGACUUCUUCCCUUUCCCUGUCAACAACAUAUGCCCCGGUAACAACGUAGGGCAGGCCAUCACAAACGAGAGCUACCACAGUGGUAGCUUCUCCUGGCACUACAAAAGAGGCCUGUUUCUAAACGCCUACGGCUCUGGGUUCCCUUUUUCGCCUGGGUUGACCGUAAAAGUAGGGAGAAGUGACGGAAGCUACGACGCAGAUGCUGAUUCGUUCUAUGCAUCAUUUUGGUUCAAGGCCGCUAAAAAUUACACCAACCAAUAUGGCGACGGUUCGCGUAUUCUUGUCGCAGCCGGGGACCCAGACGGGACGGAGGCUUCCUCAAACUAUCUCGAAAUCAGCUUUCCAAACGUGCGUCGCAGCAAAAUAACCGUAAGAACGAGGGAGAGCCAUCCAAGCUACGAACAAUGCGCGACUACGAAGGAUUGCGGAGAGGACUUUGGCUUCAUAUACACGACUGUAGCUGAAAAUCUCGACCCUCUGCAGUGGCACCACGUUGAGAUGACCCUCCGAGCGAAGCCCGAAGACUACAAGGACGAGUGGUCCUACAAAGUCAACGGGGUUCCCUCCCCAAACACACCACACGGGGCAUACUUCAAGACCAAGCACUACGACGAAGGAAGAUACUUGUACGUCAACAGGCUGAACUUUGUUGCACUGCAUCGUGCCCAAGUCGAUAUCAAAGGAUUCUUUUUCGAUGACAUCUACUACAAGGCCUACAACUCAGCUCAACCUACAAACAUCAUUGCCGAGUACUCAACUUCAUUCGAACAGUAGCUAUGAACGCUUGUAUACAUGAGAUGUAUGAUAUUCGAAUUCCAAAGGCAUAUUUUUCGAUGGCAUCUAUUACAAAGCCUUCAAUUCAGCUCAACCUACAAACAUCAUUAUGAAAACUUGUAAAAACUUGUAAAAAUG